CCGUCAAUAAUAAUCCACCCCCGUCAUCAUCAUCAUCAUCAUCACCGGUGCUGUUUUGUCGUCGCCGUUGUCGUCAGUGUGCACGGCAAUAAAAAUUUACAGUAUUCAAAUCUUUCCAAUCAUCAUCAGAAAAGGAUCAUCCAUCUUUCCGGGGGUGAUCGUUGAUCGAUCGCCAACUGCAAUCGCAAUACUCCAGCAAAGCCAGCUUGUUGCCGUUUUGCCCCCAAGGCAAAAAAACACCGACACACACGGAAGGAAAAAGGAAAGAGAAGUGACCAACUUUUGGACUCUUUUUUUUCCAUCUCUCUUUUUACGGUCUCUGGCAAGGACAAGACCAAACCUUUCUUUUUUUUGGCGUCGUUGACAUGCAAAUGGAGCUCGGCUUUUCGGGCUUCAAGGCCCUCAACGUCGGGUCCAACUUUGAACAGUCGGAGGACGUGAACGAGUACUUCACGCUGCACGCCCCUCCCAACAGCAACCUGCAGAGGGAGCCCGGCGCGUCGUCCGACGACGUGACGGCGCCGAUGGUCCUGAAGCGGCUGCAGCAGUCCUUCCUCCUGGCCGAGGUGACGGUGUCGGCGGAAUUCGCCAUGGACCACGACCAGGCCGGACUGGUCAUCUUCGCGGGCGGGCCCCCUCCGGGGGUGGACGGGUCGAUGGUGUCACAGGCGACGACGACGACGACGACGACGACACCUUCGGGUCGAAGGAGCGGUUCCCGGUACCCCUCGGGCUUCACCCUGGAGUCGAUCGUGACCCGAAGGUGGGCCAAGGCCGGCCUGGAGUUCGCCAGGGGGGAACUGCACGCGGCGUCGUCGGUCGCCGUCUCGACCUGCGGGGCCGACUGGUCGUCCUCGGCUCGAAUGCCCUCGCCGUUUUCGACCUUCGACCCAUUCUCCUUGACGUCCGUGUCGUCCCAGUCGUUGCGCAUCAGGUUCGAACGGGUCGACCAGUCCCUCUGGAUCUCGUACGAGAUCCCAAACUACUCGGAACCCGAGACGAACUACUACGCGAGCUCCGCGUACGCGACGGAACACCCGAGCCCGGAAGACCUGGGGUCACGGUGGAAGCAGAUGCGGGAGGUCGCCGGCUUCUUCGCGGGGGUCGAACAAAAGGGCAACAUCUGGGUCGGCUGCUACGCGAGCCGGCCCAUGGACUACGAGCCCAGCAACGCUUGGGACGAGGUGGACGAGCUCAUCGCCGAAUUCGAGGACCUCGACAUCUUAUGA